AUGGCUCUUGAUCCCGUCAAAUAUAACCACAAAAAAGCUCAGGAUGCUAUGGUUGCCCAUGCUGGUGCAUGGACUCAAGAUGCUGGUUCCUCUCCUUCGAAAAGCGUGAUUUCUAAGAUCGAGGAAAGAGUCGAGGCAUCGAAGAAGAGCUCUAGUAAUAAGAAUUGA